AUGUCCAAGUUGGUGACUACUAUGCUCGAGGAUUUGAAUCUCCAAGAUGAUGAUGCUCCCAUUCCAAUUCCAAACGUUACAGCUCCAGUGUUUAAAAAGGUGUUGGCUUGGUGUGAAAAGCAGAAAACACACGAGAAAGAAGGCAAGCAGUUGUUGGAAACGUGGUCCGAAGAAUUUUUCAAAGUGGAGUAUCCCGUGUUAUUUGAAAUCAUAAUGGCCGCUAACUAUCUGGAUAUUCCAAAAUUGCUCGACGACGGAUGCAGGAAGAUCGCCCUGAUGAUGAAGGCUAGUUUCAUUAUCUUAAUCAUUUGGUUUCUUUGUAAUGCUCAAGGAUACGCGACACCUACAGCUGACGAUAUUCUUUUGUAUUUGAGAAAAAGCGCUUGCCUUGUGCAAUCCAAUCUCGCGACUUAA